AUGUUCGCAGGUUGCAGAACUCUUUUCCAGCGUGUUGCUAGAUCUACUAUUUGUGGUGGUGUGGCAAAAAAGGCCUUGACUACCACAAUUCCUCAGACAGCCAACAAAUCUUCUCUGCUCUUUGCUGCCGGAGGUUUGGUGUUGGCGUCUUUCGUUGGUUACCAGACGUUUAAGACUGCUUACGCUGAUUCUCCUGCUCAGUCUCGCGAGGCUAAGAAUAAAGCUAUCAAGAGCAACCUGAGAGUCUUCUCUGGUUCCUCGAACCGUCCUCUCGCGGAGGAGAUCGUGAAGGAUCUCGGUACUCAGUUGGGUUCCUGCAGAUUGGGCCGUUUCGCCGACGGCGAGGUCGUGAUCGACAUCAACGAGGACAUCCGUGGCAAGGAUCUGUUCAUCGUCCAAUCGACCUGUCCGCCGAACAUCAACGACAACCUCAUGGAGCUCAUGAUGCUCAUCAGCACCUCCCGCCGCGCCAGCGCUCGCCGCAUCACCGCCGUGAUUCCUUACUACGGCUACGCGCGUCAGGACCGCAAGGUGUCUGGCCGUGUGCCGAUCUCGGCGGCGGACGUGGCGCGUCUUCUGGAAGCGAUGGGCGUGGACCGCGUGGUGGCGGUGGACCUGCACUGCGGCCAGAUCCAAGGCUUCUUCGGCCCGCGCGUGCCGGUGGAUAACCUGCAAGGCGGCGUGGUCGGCGUGGACUAUUUCGCGGAGAUGGAGCUGCACAAGCCGGUGAUCGUGUCGCCCGACGCGGGCGGCGUGUACCGCGUGAAGAAGUUCCGCGACGCGCUGAUGGCGAAGCACGGCGUGGACGCCGGCGUGGCGAUGAUCAUCAAGCAGAGAGCGAAGCCGGGACUCAUCGAAUCGAUGGACCUCGUGGGCACCAUCGAGGAUUCCGAUUGCAUCAUCGUGGAUGAUAUGAUUGACACUGCGGGAACGCUCUGCAAGGCGGCCAAUCAGCUGAAGGAGCACGGAGCCAGAAGAGUGUUCGCGUUCGCCUCGCAUGGACUGUUCUCCAAGAACGCCAAUCAGUAUAUCACCGAUUCCGUGCUGGAGCAGGUCGUGGUGUUGAAUACCAUUCCCUUGUCGGCGAGCUCCCGAGAUAACAAGAAGAUCGUGCAAUUGUCUGUGGCUCCGCUGUUGGCGGAUACGAUCCGGGCGAUUCAUGGAAAGCAGUCCGUGUCUGAGAUUUUGGAAAGAUCUCAGUAAUUUAUCACUCCUUU